UGGGAGGUUGAUGUAGUUGAGGGAGGGUUAGGGAUUGGAGAGGAGAGGAGGGAACUAGAGGGUGGGAGGUUAUAAUUGGGGGUUGGGGUGGUUGGAAUAGGGAUAACUUGUUAAGAAAGUUUACUUGUUGAGAUAUUUUGGAAUGUUCGUUGGAGUAUAACUAGGAGAUAUUUUUUAUGAUAUCCUUAGCUUUGACUUCUUCGUUGAUGCAAUGAGACCUAAAGUUAAAAGUUUUUAUCAAAGAAAGAGUUUUAGCAGGUACUUCAAGACUAUUGCCUCCAAAUGGUACAAAUUUACCAAAAAGGUAACUCUCAUUACAUGAUACUUUGCUUCCUCAUUCCUUAGAGAUAUAACUGAAGCGAAAUUGAGACCCAGCCAUGUUCUUAUCAAUGUUAGGGGAGGAAUUAGGAAUGGCAGCACAAACAUUUUCAUUAAGAAGUUCUUCAGAUAAGUUUUCUUCAAAAUCAAUAAAUUUAUU